AUGAACGUCAGUUCCUACCGCCGAGCCGCCAAAGUCCCCUACCCCAACGCCUACGCCAGCGCCGCCGAGUGCAAAGAGAGCAAGGAGAAAUACCUCUUCAAUUGCGCCCAGCGCUCGCAUGGGAAUUACCUGGAGCAUCAGCCGCAGAUGCUGGUGGGGUUGUUGAUCGGCGGGUUGAAAUAUCCCGUCGUCAGUGCCGCCAUCGGUACGGCCUGGUGUGCAAGUAGGGUGGCUUAUACGAUUGGGUAUUGCAGGAAGGAUAAGAGCGAUGGGAGCGGGAGGCAGAUCGGGGUCGCGAGCUCGUUUCUGGAGAUGGCGCUCAUGGUCAUGAGUGGUAUGACGGGGUAUCAGAUGAUCACGGGGUAG